UAAAUUAAUUUGGUUGCAACUCCAAGCACACUAAAAUUGAUCGAAUACCAGAAAUGGCAAACAAGGUAGAAACCCUAGUUGCUAGCUCUCCAAUCAAAUGCCCAGCUGAUAAAUUCUACAAUUUCUUCAAGUUCAACCUAACCGACAUCGUCAAAAUAUUUCCCGCCGUCUACAAAACUGCUGAGGUCAUCCAAGGAGAGUUAGGGGUCGUCGGCUGUAUCACGGUCUGGAGUUACACUAUCGGAGGGAUUGGAAUGGGGAUGAAGGUUUUGACAGAGGUGGUAGAUGAUGCUACAAAAACCAUAAAACUUACUGUUUUGGAAGGUGAUGUUCUGCUACUGUACAAGAGUUUUGCAUGCACACUCACAGUGAGUGAGGGUUUGGGAAAAUGGACUAUAGAGUAUGAGAAGACGACCAUUCUCUCUCCACCUCCUGAGAUCUAUGUUCCUGUUUUAGUCACUCUUCUCACUCUUGUGGAUGCCUUCCUUCUCAUCAACUAAAACCACAUCCCUAUGUUUAUGAAAAAUUAAUGUGGUCUAUAUAUAUAUAUUCCGUUAUUACGAGUGUAUUGAUGAUUAUGGCGAUGAUGAUGAUUCCAUUUUAUUCAGCAUUUGUAUUGGAAGAUGAAAUGUAUUUGGAAUGGAUAUUUGAUUCAUGUACUAUGUAAUAUAUCAUAUUAAAUAAAAAUCUGUUGUGGGGAAUGGUUUGUUAUUGAUUAA